UAGACUCCACCUGUGCAAUUAGUUUUGUAAUUAGACUAUAUUUAAUACUUCUAGUUAGUAUCCAAACAUCUGAUGUGACAGGUGUUAAAGUUUAGCAGGGUAUCCAAACACCGCCUUAGUAGGUUGCAGUUAGCAUUGCUGACUUGCUGUCUUUGCUGAAGUGUCCAUUUGUGGCAAGUAGGUGCACUAAGUGCGUGAGGCUAGGGUCACAAGUGGUCACCAAAUCUGCACUUCUGAUUUUCUAGUCAAAAUAAUAAGGGGCACUUUUUAUGGACAAGUACCUCAAGUAGGUUUACAUGAUAGUCUUUGGAUCCCAGCCCAAAUUACAGGCAAAUAUUGUCUUGCAGUGUUUGAUUUAUAAAUAUGAAAAAAAAUCCAAAUUAUCAUAGGCUUUGUUCAUAAGCUUAGAGCUUGGAGCUUUGCCGUAGAAAAGCAGCAUGAAUAACCAUUUAGAUGGAAUGCACAAGAAAAACACAUGACUUUGCAGGGGGUCCCACGUGUAUCCUGCUCAAAGCCCCUCCAAUGCUCCAGCAUCUCGGUCACCAGAACAGAGCAGUCAAACUCGGAGACGAGGACCGGUCCACACAUUCAGCACCAUCCUUCGCGCCUUCCUUCCGGCCCCAUUAAGGCUCCUUUAGCACGGCUCAUCCAUUGGCUUCUCGAGUGAUUUUUGAUGAAACCAUGCCAAACAGGCACCGUCAAAACGGCUAGCAAGCAAAAGCCAGGCGGAAGCCCCGCAAAAUGCGCUGAGUGCGUUCCUCCCCGCGCGAGAAGCUAAAAAUAGUGGCUUAUCUUGGCUUCUCCCCGUCGGAACGAGACCAAUUCCAUCGCUAACCUCGGUGCUUACCUGGUGGCGGGGUGGAGCACCGGUCCAGCGGCGGACGGAGGAGGAGAGAGGAGGGGAAAAAGAAAAGAAGGGCCUGGCGGGGUGGCGGCGGAGUGGCGGAGGAGGAGGGCCAGGGUGGUUAGGUGGUGGCGGAGGAGGAGGUCCGGUGCGGCGCCAUCGCGGCGGAUGGGCAGAGGAGGAGGUCCGGUGUAGCGCCGUGUUGGCGGAGGGAGCCGGGGUCGGCGGGGUGGCGCUGGAGGGGUGGAGGAGGAGGGUUGGGUGGAUAAGGUCGGGAGGGAGGUGCCGAUCGGAUAAGGAGAGAAGGGAGGAAAAGAAAAGAAGGGAGAAGGAAAGAGAAAUAAAAAAGAAAGAAAAAGAAAAGAAAAAUGAGGAGAAAAAAAAGAAAAGAGAAAAAAUAUAAGAGUAUUUUGGACAUUUGACACCUUCUUUCCAAUCUAAAAAGCCAGGAGAAGCUGAGCUAGAGCAAAAAAAAAUCUGUUUCAUUCCAGAUGCGCUAGAGCCAGAGCUGUUUUUUCACGAGCCAAAGUCGUGCCAAACGGACCCUAAAUCGUCAGGCUCGCCUCAUGAAUCACCUUCUCUUCUUCUCCGUGUUCUUCCCAAACCGUCUCCUUGUCGACCUCCAGCAACCCCAAGCGUCUUCCCUUGUGUCGCGAAGAUGCACGCGUGUCCUGUUCCUGCCGCUGCCCUGCUGUGCCCAGUCGUGCUACUUCUAGCUCUGCUUCCCAGUCCCGCCACCACCGCUGCCGCCCUGAACACGUCCAACCCCUGCGCGCCGGCGUUGUGCGGCGGCAUCAACAUCGCCUUCCCGUUCUGGCUCGCCGGCAAGCAUCCGCCGGAGUGCGGCUACAAGGCCUACCAGGUCACCUGCGACAAAGGCAAUCUUACUCUCAAGAACUCUUACUGGACGUACCAACUCCUGGACAUCUUCUACCAAAACAGCUCCUUCAGAGCCGACCUGUCUGGAGGCCUCUGCGACUUCAAGAAUUUCGUCAACGCCGCCUCCGACCUCGGCCUCUCGCCGUUCAAGAUUAGCCCCAAGAACCAGGAGCUGUUCUUCCUCUACGACUGCGAACUGCGGGGAAGACACGCACCUCGUUCUUGGACGCUCGUGAACUGUUCGUCGCCGGAUGACCCACCGUGGGCGUUUGCCUUGCUUGGGAAGAAUUACACGCCAGGUGGCACUGGGAUGCCACCGCCGAUGAAUUGCAACGUGUCGACGACUCCGGUGCUGGGAUACGAGGGAGCGACGGGGGCAGACUAUCAACGGCUGCUGAAGGGUGGUUCUCUGCUCGAGUACACGGAUGAUGAGCCCUGCAAGGAUUGCACGGAUACCGGCGGCCGGUGCCGGGUUAAUGUAUCCGACGAUGCGUUCGCGUGCUACUGCAACGACGGUGACGACGGCUGGUUUAUUUGCGGUAGCAAAAGGAUUGGCACGAAGAUAAUAAUAAUGAUAGUUUGGAUGACAGUAGCUGCAAGCUUGCUCCUACCAUGUAUAUAUGUGCUUGUAUGGCAUAGAAAGAGAGGAAAGCUACAUUUUUUCUUAUGUGAAAAGACUAGCAGAAGCACUCAAAGGAACAUUGAGGCCCUAAUAGUUUUGCAUGGAUCCCUAGCUCCAAAAAGAUACAAGUAUUCAGAAGUAACAAAGAUAACGUCUUCCUUUAGUAAUAAGCUUGGGGAAGGUGGUUAUGGUGCAGUUUUCAAAGGAAGGCUAGAUGAUGGUCGUCAAGUUGCUGUGAAAUUCUUGCAUGAUUCCAAAGGAGAAGGGGAGGAGUUUGUUAACGAGGUUAUGAGCAUUGGUAGGACCUCUCAUGUUAAUAUUGUUAACUUAUUUGGGUUUUGUUUGGAAGGCUCAAAGCGGGCCAUAAUAUAUGAGUACAUGCCCAAUGGUUCUUUGGAUAAGUUCAUAUACUCAGAGAAUCCUAAAGCAGUUUUAGGAUGGGAUAAGCUCUACACAAUAGCGAUUGGAAUUGCUCGAGGAUUGGAAUACUUGCAUCACAGUUGUAAUACACGCAUUAUCCAUUUUGAUAUCAAGCCUCAAAAUAUCCUUCUAGAUGAGGAUUUUCACCCAAAGGUUGCUGAUUUUGGUUUGGCCAAAUUAUGUCAUACCAAGGAGAGCAAGCUUUCUAUGGCUGGUGCUAGAGGAACAGUUGGUUUCAUCGCUCCUGAAGUGCACUCUCGAACCUUUGGAGUUGUUUCAACUAAAUCAGAUGUUUAUAGUUAUGGAAUGAUGCUAUUAGAGAUGGUUGGAGGCAGAAAAAAUGUGAAUUCAAUUGCUCAAAAGUCAAGUGAAAAGUAUUUUCCACAUUGGAUUUAUGACCAUUUUGGUCGAGGUGAUGGAUUACAAGCAUGUGAUGUCUCAAGUGAAAAUGAAGGAAUAGCCAAAAAGAUGAGUGUGAUUGGCCUGUGGUGUAUCCAAAUACUACCAAUGCAUCGCCCUACCAUAACAAAGGUUUUGGAAAUGUUUGAGCGAGCUUUAGAUGAACUGGACAUGCCACCGAGGCAAAACUUCAGCCAAAUCCUCGAAGAUCCAAAUUACAAUUUGAAUGCACAAAGCUUGAGUACAAGCAGUGGUACCAAAACACAAGUUUUUAGCGAAGUGCUAAAGAUGAAGGAGAUGAGCUUAGAGAAUUCAAAACUCUUACAGCGGUUACCAACUCUGUGACAAGGUUACCUAGCAUUGGAAUUGAGCAUUGAACUUGUGCAUGUGUAUUGGAGGGGGUAGAAAUCUUAAGUUACUCAAAUACUUGUCUCAAAACAAAAUGCUAAAUGCCUACUAUAUUAUUUUGCAGUCAAAGCCAUUAAGGCCCCAAGAGGGAAAGUUAUAUCUGCAAGUAUUCAUACGAUA